AUGGAGAAGGAGGAAGGUGGUGGUGGUGGUGGUGGUGGUGGUGGUGGUGGAGGAGGAGGAGGAGGAGGACGGUUUCAGAGCGCGUGCCAGGGAUACGUCGGAGUUGGUCUAGGAACGAUAGGGGAGGAUGUGCUCAUGGCAGGAAGAUCGGGACUCGUCAUGUUGAAAGCUGAUAGUGAGGGAGAGAGCGAGCCCAAGUUCAGAGUCUGUGAGAAAUCUCCAUACUGCGUCUGCAAGCAUCUGGCGAUCAAAGGAGAUGAUGGGAUGGCGGCGGGGAGCGACCGGAGCUCUCAGAUCUUUGCCACCACGAUCGUCUCCUGCGAAUCACCCGGAGGGAUCCACAUCAUGAACUUCGACUACGAGACGAAUGAGUUCAGAUACAGGAGGCAGUGGUUCUCAGCACGAGAGACGUCUGAUUCCUCCGCUACUCGCCUUCCCCUUCAUGACCGACUCGGCAGGUUUUGGACUUGCUGCUGGUCUCCGACCAAAGAGGAGGAGCUGGCGGCAGGCUCAUCCAAAGGAGUGAAAAUAUUCGACGUCCCAUCGGGUAAGCAGCGGUUCUAUCAGUACAGAUCCGAAGUCAUGGCCCAGUCGUACCUCCCGAAGAAUGGAGGGAACGUGAUAGCCAACGGAUGCAGGGAUGGUUGUUUAAGCUUUCUUGACCUCAGGUCCAAGGCGAGCCCCAUGGAGCUCAGAAUGUCCCGAGGCAUCUGCUCUAUCUCACCCCUUUGCCAACAACCCGGCGAGUCUGUCAUGGCCGCGAGCAUGAAUGGCGAGAUCUUUCGGUGGGACCUUCGCUUCACAGCACGGCCGACGAUGGCAUAUGAAGGACAUCAGAACAGCCAUUCCGUUGUCCGCCCGGUCCUCGACCAUGAAGAAAGGGUUCUGUAUGCUUGCGGGGUGGACGGAGUGCUGAGAGGAUGGGACGUGGAAUCAGGCCGGAGGAUUGCGGAAACUCGUUUCAAGAAGUUCAACCCCAAGAGAGACAUCACGGCAUGCCUGUCUCGUGUUCCAAGGAGUUUGCUUCUCCUCUCACUUCUCCUCUUCUUCCUCAGCAUGGUGGACAAGCAGGACCUCAAGGAAGUUCCGCUGGCGGUGGGAGACGAGAAGGAGGACCAGCUCGAUGGGUUCGGAGAUGCCGGAGACGGCGUUAGAGUACCUGGGACGAUCCCUGAGGAUGUCAGAGCGCUGUCGAGCUCGAACCCAGGCGGGCUAGUUCCUAGAUACACGGUCAGCAAGUGCCCGACGCUGCAAGGGCUGACUGCUGUUCAGAACGCGUUCAAGGAGUUGAUAGAGAGUCGAGGAGACUGCAAAAUCCUCCGGCUGGCGUUCAAGCAGGUCGGAGAUGAAGGAGCUGGGGAGCUUGGGAGCUUGUUAAAGACUGGGACAUGCAAGAACCUUGAGGGACUUGACUUGAGCUGCAACAACAUCAGCAAGUUGGGAGCAACUCAGAUAGGACGAGCUCUGACGUCCAACACCAAGUUGAUGUACCUUGAUAUCAGUACCAACGACAUCAGAGACGAAGGCAUCGCAGAGAUCGCGACGGCCCUCAAGCUCAACAGCACCCUGACCUACCUCGACGCGCACGCAGAGGACCUGAGUCUCCAUCCAGCAUGCGGCAUCUCCGACCAGGGGGCUAGAAGCAUCGCUGAAGCCAUAGAGAACAACUUCGUCAUCGCAGUCGUCAACCUCAAAGCCAACUACAUCCGCGACGAAGGAGCCAUCUGCCUUGCACGUGCAUCACGGAAGAGCUCGUCGAUGCGGUGUUUGAUCACAGCAUCAAACGACAUCGGGCUCAGUGGGACAAAGGCAUUGGAGGACGCAAUGUACGACAACGACCGGCUGGUGGACUUCGUCGACUACGACUUGAGGAUGCCUAACAGCUAG